CCCACCCUUCAGCUGGGGCCCCAGGGAUUGUGGUCAGAGGAGCAGAGUGGCUGGGAUCCUUCUCUCCAGGGGCCGCGGAGGAGGAGAAGUGUGAACAGCCCUCCGCAGUUCCAGCUGCCCAGCUACCAGGUGUCCAUCCCCGAGAAUGAGCCUGCGGGUACCCGGGUGAUAGCCCUGCGGGCCCAGGACCCAGACGAGGGGGAGGCAGGCCGGCUGGUGUACUCCAUGGAGGCGCUCUUCGACGAGCGUUCCAAUGACUACUUCUCCAUCGACCCAGAGACGGGCAGUGUGGUCACUACACGCAGCCUGGACCGUGAGACCAAGGACACCCACGUGCUGAAGGUGACUGCAACUGACCAGGGCUCCCCCCGCCGCCGCUCAGCCACCACCUACUUGACUGUGACUGUGAGUGACACCAAUGACCAUGGGCCAGUGUUCGAGCAGCCUGUGUACCGCGAGACCAUCCGGGAGAACCUGGAGGUGGGUUACGAGGUGCUGACUAUCCGUGCCACGGAUGGGGAUGCCCCGGCCAAUGCCAACAUGCUUUACCGCCUGCUGGAGCCAGGUGCUGGGGAUGGUGUCUUUGAGAUCGACCCUCGCUCUGGAGUAGUGAGGACCCGUGCCCCUGUGGAUCGUGAGGAGGUCUCUGAGUACCACCUGGUGGUAGAAGCCAAUGACCAAGGAAAGGAACCAGGUCCCCGUAGUGCCACAGCUACAGUACACAUCACUGUGGAGGAUGAGAAUGACAACUACCCACAGUUCAGUGAAAAGCGCUACUUGGUUCAGGUGCCAGAGGAUGCCCCGGUGAACAGCCAAGUGCUGCAGGUGCAAGCAACUGACCGGGACAGGGGCAGCAAUGCCCAGGUGCACUACAGCAUUGUGAGUGGCAACCUCAAAGGCCAAUUCUAUAUCCACUCUUUCUCAGGUGCCAUUGACCUGAUCAAUCCUCUGGACUAUGAGACCAUCCGUGAGUACACACUGAGAAUCAAAGCCCAGGAUGGGGGCAGGCCCCCUCUGAUUAACUCUAGUGGGAUGGUAUCUGUGCAAGUGGUGGAUGUGAAUGACAAUGCCCCUAUUUUUGUCAGCACCCCCUUCCAGGCCACAGUGCUGGAGAACGUGCCGCUGGGCUACUCUGUGCUGCACGUUCAGGCAGUGGAUGCUGAUUCUGGAGACAAUGCCCGUCUGGAAUACAAACUUAUAGACUUGUCUCCAUCUCCUGGUGUGGGGUCCCCAGGUGGAGAGACUGGGUUCCCAUUCCAGAUCAAUAACAGCACUGGUUGGAUUACAGUUUCGGCUGAGUUGGACCGAGAGACUGUGGAGAACUAUCACUUUGGGGUAGAGGCUAGGGACCAUGGAGUGCCUGUCAUGACUUCCUCAGCCAGUGUGUCCGUCACGGUCCUCGAUGUCAAUGAUAACAACCCGACUUUCACUGAGAAGGUCUAUCAGCUCAGGCUGAAUGAGGAUGCGGCAGUGGGCAGCAGUGUCCUGACUCUGAUAGCAGUGGACAGGGACAUUAACAGUGUAGUGACCUACCAGAUCACCAGUGGCAACACUAGGAACCGCUUUGCCAUCACCAGUCAGAGUGGGGGUGGGCUGAUCACCCUUGCCUUGCCCCUGGAUUACAAGCAGGAGAGGCAGUAUGUGCUGACAGUUACUGCGUCAGAUGGCACACUCUUUGAUACUGUCCAGGUCUUCAUCAAUGUCACCGAUGCCAACACACACCGCCCAGUCUUCCAGAGCUCCCAUUACACGGUGAGCGUCAGUGAGGACAAGCCCAUUGGCACUUCUAUUGUGACCAUCAGUGCCACCGAUGAAGACACAGGGGAAAAUGCCAGGAUCACAUACAUUUUGGAGGAUAACAUUCCUCAAUUCCGCAUUGACCUGGACACGGGCACUAUCACCACCCUGAUGGAGCUAGACUAUGAGGACCAAGCCUCUUACACAUUGGCCAUUACAGCUCGUGACAAUGGGAUCCCUCAGAAAUCUGAUACCACCUACGUGGAGAUCCUCAUCCUGGAUGCCAAUGACAAUGCCCCCCGCUUCCUGCGUGACCGUUACCAGGGCUCGGUCUUUGAGGAUGUGCCACUCUCCACCAGCGUCCUUCAGCUGUCUGCCAACGACCGUGACUCAGGCCUCAAUGGCCGCCUCCUUUACACCUUCCAGGGUGGUGAUGAUGGCGAUGGAGACUUUUACAUCGAGCCCACUUCUGGAGUGAUACGCACGCUGCGCAAGCUGGAUCGUGAGAAUGUGGCUGUCUACAGCCUGCGGGCCUUUGCCAUGGACAGAGGCAGCCCACCUCUCAAAGCCUCUGUGGAUAUUCAGGUCACUGUGCUAGACAUCAACGACAACCCGCCUGUCUUUGAACAGGAUGAGUUUGAUAUCUUUGUGGAGGAGAACAGCCCAGUGGGCUCCAUCGUGGCACGGAUCAGUGCGGCUGACCCAGACGAAGGAACCAAUGCACAAAUCAUGUACCAGAUUGUGGAGGGUAACAUCCCUGAAGUCUUCCAGCUUGACCUGCUCAAUGGUGACCUCACAGCCCUGAUGGAUCUGGAUUAUGAGAGCCGGACGGAAUAUGUGAUUGUGGUGCAGGCCACCUCAGCACCUCUUGUCAGCCGAGCCACCGUGCACAUUCGCCUAUUGGAUCAGAAUGACAACCCGCCUGUGCUGCAGGACUUCCAGAUUCUCUUCAACAACUAUGUGACCAAUAAGUCUAACAGCUUCCCCUCUGGGGUGAUUGGCAAGAUCCCAGCCUAUGACCCUGAUGUGUCCGACAGCCUGGCCUACACUUUUGUUCAGGGCAAUGAGUUGAACUUGCUACUCUUGGACUCUGCCACUGGGGAACUCAAACUCAGUCGAGAUCUGGACAACAACAGACCCCUGGAAGCGCUCAUGAAAGUGUCAGUCUCAGAUGGUGUUCACAGUGUCACAGCAGUCUGCGCCCUGAGGGUGACCAUCAUCACCGAUGACAUGCUGACCAACAGUAUCACUGUGCGACUGGAAAACAUGUCCCAGGAGAAGUUCCUCUCCCCGCUGCUCUCUCUCUUUGUGGAGGGUGUGGCGACGGUGCUGUCUACUACCAAGGAUGGCAUCUUCGUCUUCAACAUUCAAAACGAUACAGAUGUCAGCUCCAAUAUCCUGAAUGUAACCUUCUCCGCUUUACUUCCUGGUGGCAUUAGAAAUAAGUUCUUCCCCUCCGAGGACCUCCAGGAACAGAUCUACCUCAACAGGACACUACUGACCAUGAUCUCUAUGCAGCGGGUCCUGCCUUUUGACGACAAUAUCUGUUUGCGAGAGCCUUGUGAGAACUACAUGAAGUGUGUCUCGGUUUUGAAGUUUGACAGCUCUGCUCCAUUUAUUAGUUCAAACACCGUUUUGUUCCGACCCAUCCAUCCCAUCAAUGGUCUGAGGUGCCGGUGUCCCCCUGGUUUUACAGGCGACUAUUGUGAAACAGAGAUUGAUCUCUGCUACUCCAGUCCUUGUGGCAAUAAUGGGCUUUGUCGGAGCCGAGAAGGAGGCUACACUUGUGAAUGUUACGAGGACUACACUGGCGAGUAUUGCGAAGUGAAUGCCCGCUCUGGCCGCUGCGUGCCAGGAGUAUGUAAAAAUGGAGGAACCUGUGUUAAUCUGCUGGUAGGAGGUUUCAAAUGUGAGUGUCCCCCAGGAGAGUACGAGAGACCUUACUGUGAGAUGACAACAAGAAGUUUCCCUCCACAAUCGUUUGUCACCUUCAAAGGGUUAAGACAGCGCUUCCAUUUCACUGUUUCCCUCAUGUUUGCAACCAGAGACAGGAAUGCUCUGCUCCUCUACAAUGGACGUUUUAAUGAGAAACAUGAUUUUAUUGCUCUUGAGAUCAUUGAAGAACAGAUCCAACUAACAUUCUCUGCAGGGGAGACCACUACAACAGUUGCACCAUUUGUUCCAGGAGGGGUCAGUGAUGGACAGUGGCACUCCGUUCAGGUGCAGUACUACAACAAGCCCCACAUUGGCCGAUUAGGAAUUCCUCAUGGACCUUCAGGAGAGAAGGUGGCAGUAGUAACAGUGGAUGACUGUGACACUGCAGUGGCUGUGCGCUUCGGAAGUCUCAUUGGGAACUACACAUGUGCUGCCCAAGGAACUCAAAGUGGCUCAAAAAAAUCUUUGGACCUGACUGGACCUCUCCUGCUUGGGGGUGUCCCAAACUUGCCUGAAGAUUUCCCUGUGCACAACAGAGAGUUUAUUGGCUGUAUGAGGAACCUCUCCAUUGACAAUAAGCCAAUCGACAUGGCUAGUUUCAUAGCCAAUAAUGGCACUCUUGCAGGUUGUGCAGCUCAGAAGAACUACUGUGAUACUAACUGGUGUCAAAAUGGAGGCACAUGCAUGAAUAAAUGGAACACCUACACUUGUGAGUGCCCCCUGCGGUAUGGUGGGAAAAACUGUGAGCAAGUAAUGCCUUCUCCCCAGCGUUUCAGUGGUGAGAGCAUUAUUGUCUGGAGUGACCUUGAUAUUACUAUCUCUGUACCAUGGUACAUUGGACUCAUGUUCAGAACCCGGAAAGUUAAUGGCAUGUUAAUGCAAGCUAAUGCAGGAACUUCAUCCAAGAUCAACAUUCAGAUCUUGAACAACUAUGUGCAAUUUGAAGUUUACAACGGCCUGAACCAGGUUGCUAGUUUGAAGAUGACCCAGUCACGAGUCAGUGAUGGUGAAUGGCAUCAUUUGUUAAUAGAGUUAAAGAGUGCUAAAGAUGGCAAAGACAUCAAGUACCUGGCUGUUAUGUCCUUGGACUAUGGGAUGUAUCAGAGCACUGUGCAGAUUGGAAAUCAACUUCCUGGACUAAAAAUGAAAAGCAUCAUUGUGGGAGGUAUCUCUGGAGAUCAGGUCUCAGUGCAGCAGGGUUUUUAUGGCUGUAUGCAGGGAGUAAGAAUGGGGGAGACUUCUACAAAUGUAGCUACAUUGAACAUGAAACAGGCAACGAAGAUCAAUGUAAAGGAAGGCUGUGAAGUAGACAACCCUUGUGAUUCCAGUCCAUGUCCCCAACAAAGCUACUGCAUUGAUGACUGGGACAGCUACUCCUGUGUGUGUGACCCAGGGUACUUUGGGAAAGACUGUGUUGAUGUGUGUAACCUGAACCCAUGUGAGCAUGUCUCCACCUGUGUCCAUAAACCUAGCUCAUCCCAUGGGUACACCUGUGAAUGUGGACAAAGCUACUAUGGGCAAUACUGUGAGAGCAAAAUUGACUUGCCUUGUCCCAGAGGCUGGUGGGGAAAUCCCAUUUGUGGUCCAUGUAAUUGUGAGAUCAGUAAAGGAUUUGAUCCUGACUGCAAUAAGACUAAUGGAGAGUGUCAAUGUAAGAAAAACUACUACAGGCCACAAAGCAGUGACACCUGUUAUCCAUGUGACUGCUUCCCUUCUGGUUCUCAUACUCGCUCCUGUGACGUGGAGACAGGACAGUGUCCUUGUAAAUCUGGGGUGAUUGGGCGACAGUGUAACCGUUGUGACAACCCUUUUGCUGAGGUUACCAUUCAGGGCUGUGAAGUGAUUUACAAUGGGUGUCCCAAAGUAUUUGAAGCUGGCAUUUGGUGGCCACAGACCAAGUUUGGACAGCCAGCUGCUGUGCCAUGUCCCAAGGGAUCAGUGGGGAAUGCAGUUCGGCACUGUAAUAGUGAGAGAGGCUGGCUCCCUCCUGAACUUUUUAACUGUACCACCGUUAGCUUUGUGGACCUUAAAAUCAUGAAUGAAAAACUACAUCUCAAUGAGACCAAACUGGAUGGAGACAAGUCCAUACAGAUUGCUAAAGUGCUGCAGAAUGCCACCAAGUACACCAACUCCUUGUAUGGGAAUGAUGUGAGGACAGCGUACCUGCUCAUGAUCAGGGUACUGCAGUAUGAGAGCCAGCAGCAAGGGUUUGACCUAGCUGCGACAAGAGAUGCAGAAUUCAAUGAAAACCUCAUUAAAGUGGGUAGUGCCCUUCUGGACCCCAGCACCAAGGAGCACUGGGAGCAGAUCCAGCGAACAGAGGGUGGCACAUCCCACCUACUGAAACAUUAUGAGGAAUAUUUCAACAAUGUGGCCCAGAACAUGAAGAAAACAUACCUGAAACCUUUUGUCAUUAUUGCCACAAAUAUGAUUAUUGCUGUUGACAUCUUUGACAAGUCUAAUUUUACCGGCGCUCAAGUACCACGGUUUGACAGGGUUAAAGAAGAUUAUCCUAAAGAUUUGGAGUCAUCUGUUUUGUUCCCUGAUACCUUGUUCAGACCUUCAGAUAGAAAAGUGGCACCUACAAUGAAGCCGUCAAGCCAAAAAAUAUCCUCUAAGCCAGAUAACGGUGAGAAUGCACUUACAAAGAGAAAGAAGCGAAAUCCAGAUGAGUCUAACCAGUAUGCUGUUGCUAUGGUGAUUAUAUACCGAUCUCUAGGACACCUUUUACCUGAGCACUACGAUCCUGACAGAAGAAGCUUAAGGUUACCUAAUCGACCUAUCAUUAACACACCCAUUGUGAGCACCACCAUUCAUAGUGAUGGGGAACCUGUACCAAACCUACUGGAAAAGCCCAUUAUACUUGAAUAUGCCAUGCUGGAAACAGAGGAGAGGACUAAGCCAGUCUGUGUGUUCUGGAACCACUCAAUCAUGUAUAAUGGCGAGGUCCUUCCUCUGAAGAUAGUAACUUACACAACUGUAUCCAUCUCACUGGUGGCUUUGCUGAUGACCUUCAUACUGCUAGUUCUGAUCCGAACACUGCGUUCAAACCUGCACAGCAUUCACAAAAACCUGGUGGCUGCCCUUUUCUUCUCGGAAUUGGUCUUUCUUAUUGGAAUCAACCAGACAGAAAACCCGUUUGUGUGCACUGUGAUAGCCAUCCUCCUGCACUACUUCUACAUGAGCACCUUUGCGUGGAUGUUUGUAGAACAGCUCCACAUAUACCGCAUGCUGACUGAAGUGAGGAACAUCAAUUUUGGACAUAUGAGGUUCUACUAUGUCGUUGGCUGGGGGAUUCCUGCUGUUAUAACAGGUCUUGCUGUGGGUCUGGACCCACAGGGCUAUGGGAACCCUGACUUCUGCUGGCUCUCUGUUCAUGAUACCCUUAUUUGGAGUUUUGCAGGCCCUGUUGUGAUCGUUGUGGUCAUCAACACAGUCAUCUUCAUACUAGCAGUGAAAGCAUCAUGCAGACGAAGACAACGCUCAUUUGAAAGAACUGGAGUCAUCUCCGUGCUGCGAACUGCUUUCCUGCUCCUGCUGCUGAUCAGUGCCACGUGGUUACUGGGGUUGAUGGCAGUGAACAGUGAUGUCAUGACAUUCCAUUAUCUCUUUGCCAUCUUCAGCUGCUUACAAGGGAUCUUCAUUUUCUUCUUCCACUGCGUUUUUAAUAAAGAAGUCAGGAAGCACUUGAAGAACACUUUAACUGGAAAGAAACCCCUUCCAGAUGACUCUACUACAACAAGAGCUACAUUAUUAACCCGAUCUCUGAACUGUAACAACACAUAUAUAGAGGAGCCAAAUAUGUAUCGCACAAAUAUUGGUGAAUCCACAGUCUCCCUAGAGAGCACCAUCAGGUCAGCCAAGAGCCACAAUAGCUACCUUGCUUACAUUCUCAGGGAUGAGGCUGCUCAGAAGCUCAGUGGGUCCUCAAGCCAAGCAAGGGCAGGUCAGACAGAAGCAGAUUCCUCCAUUUUUCAUAGGAAUCCAUCAAAAUCCAAUGAGCAUGAUUCUGAUUCUGACAGCGAGUUGUCUCUUGAUGAACAUAGCAGCUCUUACGCUUCCUCCCAUUCAUCAGAGAGUGAGGAAGAUGGGAUUGAAACGGAGAAGAAAUGGAACACAACCACUUCCAAAAACAAUGAGCGUGGCCCAAUCCACAGCACUCCUAAAGUUGAUUCUAUAUCCAAUCAUGUGAAACCCUGUUGGCCCACAGAGUGCAAAACGACAAGUGAUGGGGAGGAUCCAGGUGGGAAGCAGAAACUGAAAGUGGAGACAAAGGUCAGUGUAGAGCUUCAUAGGGAAAAUCAAGUGAACCACAGCAAUGAAGCACCUCGAGAAACUGAGAACGAAGGGCAGCAGAAAGAGAACAAACCUCUACAACAGCAGAAUAACCAGCACCCGGAACAGAAGAAAGGCAUCUUGAAAAAUAAAGUCACCUACCCUCCCCCUCUGAUGGAUAAGAAUAUGAAGAAUCGAUUACGGGAAAAGUUAUCAGAUUAUAAUCAAACCACUGUCUCAUCCAGGACUGCUUCCUUAGGGACAAAUGAUGGGGUUCGUUCACCCUCUGACACUGGGGUGACAAUAAAAAAUCCGCGGAGGGAACAGUCUCGAGAUCAGCUGAAUGGAAUGGCCAUGAAUGUUCAUGUUGGAACAGUGAAUGCUGAGACCUCAGAUUCUGAAGGCAGUAAUGAAACUUCAAUUUGAAUCAUCAGGAAACAGUGAUGACUUUUCCACCUGGGGACUACUUGCUGUGAUGUCACUUCCUUGGUACCUCGGAUUUCACAGGAGAUGCUGCAUAUCGAGGAUGAGGAUGGUACUGCUUCCUCUGCUGUUACACAUUAUGGCAGACUUCUGACUGCUCAUACAUGAAACAUAAUACCCAAGACAUGCAUGAUAAGGCUACAUUGUGGUACAUUCAAUGGUUGUGUGAAUAUGUAACUGUGCCAAAAUGCAUGGAGACAUAACAGGGACUCAUUACGAUGGAUGAAUGAUUAGAAGAAGUGUUGACAGAGUCACAGCAACGCUGCAGGAACUGCUCUUGUCUGCAGCCCAUACUAAUGACUUAUACAAGGAGAACAAAUUGUGUUUACUACAGUGGACCUACAAUAAGUCAAAUUAUCAGCCUUAAGAAAAGCACUAGAAGAUGCCUCUUGGUGAGGUACAGUGUGAACCAUUCAGCUUCGUGAAACCCUAGAGAGAAGAAUAUCACACCAAGUGCCCUUCAGUAUCUAUGCCAGCAUCUUUACCAGCCUUUGAUGGACACAGUGUCUUAAAAAAAUGUCCUUUAUAUAUAAAUAUAUAAAUAUAAAAAAAUUGUAGAUAAUUUUAUAUAUUUUGUAUGGUGACUCUAAAGAAGGAAAAGUUCCUUUGUAUAUUUUACAUUUAUACUGAUAUUCUUCAUUUGAUGCUAGGAAAUCAAUGGAAAGAGCUCUUGAUUAUUUUUUUAUAUUAAAAAUUGCACAGUUGUACUUGAAUUUGGCAUUUGAUAAUGUAACUGAUGUUUGCAUCAAAGCCACCCUAAAAUGCAGUGCAGUUUUUAAAAUACUACAGUGAAAAGGUUGAAUCUAAAUUUAUAAAUAUAAUUUAUAGGCUUCUGUUUCCAGAUUAUGGAAUAUUUUAAGGAUGCAGUGUGUAUUUUUGAUAACCUCUACUAAAACCAACAAAAAUGUUCAUUUGUUUUUAAGGUGUUUUCGCCUCUUCUCCCAUAUUUUUUUAAUUGGUGUUUACAUUAAAAAGAACAGAAAUUGAAUUUCCCAGCUAAAAGAUAUUGUAUCAAUCAGUUCUGGUUUACAAUAUUUCCCUAUGCUUGUGUAAUUUACAUGCUAGUCACCUUUUGACUUAGCUUUUCAUCACAUUUUUCCUACUAAGCAACAAACCAGGGUCUUGUUGUGAGGACGCACUUGUGCAGUUCCCCCAUUGCACAAAUACUGUGUGAGGCUGACUGCUUUGUUUUACCUUUUAUUUUUCACUCUGAGUUAGCAUUUUGCCAGUUGGAGCAGAAACAUGAGUCUUUAGGAGAUCUGUGUUUCAUUUCUUAACUGUUUGGAAAAUUCCAGGCUAUCUUGUUGUUUUGCAAUACAAACACAAGUAUUAAACAAUUUCAUGUUUCAUGCACACUAAACAUAUCUUCACAAGUGUAAGAAACGUGUAGUGUCUGCCAGUCUCAUCUUUUUACAGUGUUUACAAAAAAAAAAAAAGAUUUGAAAAAGAGUUGUCCACAGUAAGUAUGUAGGGAAAUGUUUCUGUUAGCAGUUCCUUUUGGCUUGAAUAUAUGACUCAAAAUGAGUCCUUAAAAUUCCACUUGUGAAAAUGAUACAUUUGUUAUCUACCUUUUCUUUGUGUUAUGUAUUUCACACUGUAGUAAUUUUUCAUAGUGACCAUUUUGAGAAGUUAUUAGCUGUUCCUUUGUAUGAAUGUGCAUGUGAGGGAGAAUAAACAGAAACAAUACAUCAGGCUGGAUGAAAUGCAGGAAAUUAACAAAAAAAAGCAUAUACUGUAGUAAUAUUGGUUUUAUUAUAUCCUUAUGCAUUUUUAAAUCUACUUGAGGCCUUUGGAAAGGGGAAAGGAUACUGUCUCUUUAAAAAAUUAUGCAACAUACUGCAUGAAAUUUUCUGAUUGAAAAAAGUUUUUUAUGUUUUAAGUGUCUGUCACACUUGACUGUGUGCUCAGAUACCGUGUACAACCUGUGUUAAUCAUUUUGCAUCUGUGUAUGUAUAUUUUGCCCCCGUGAGAUGUAGUUAGUUUUUAUUUCAAUCAGAACUUUUUCAGUAAAUGUGUCAGUUGUAUUAAUGACAGAAAAAUUAAACCUAUUUUUAUGACUCGUUAAAACUUUUUAUGGCAGGUUAGACACUGGAGGUUUUUUUAACAAAAUGUGUAUUUAUUAAUGUGCAGAACACUGGAAUUGCAGCACAGAUAAAA